UGUUGUCAUCAUCACCAUAUAUUCAUUGUCAUUCACUCAUUCUUCUUAUACAAAAUCUCAUUCUUCUUCUUCAUUCUUCAUUCCUUAAUACUAGCUACCUAUUGUAUUGUAGAAUGGGCUCACUACCUGCACUUGACCAACCUCUCCAAUAUGAAUAUCCCACUGCUUGCAGAGACGACUCCGUUGUUGACGACUUCCAUGGCGUUCAGAUUUCCGACCCUUACCGAUGGCUUGAAAAUCCUGAUGGGGAAGAAGUGAGAGAGUUUGUCCAGAAACAAGUCCAGUUGACGGAUUCGGUGCUGCAAACAUGCGAGUGCAGACCCAAACUUGGUCAAAAGUUAACGAGCCUCUUUGACCAUCCACGUUAUAGCACUCCUUUUAGACGAGCCAAUUACUACUUUUACUUCCAUAACACCGGCCUUCAGCCCCAGAGCGUCCUCUAUCUUCAGGAUAGUUUGGAGGGUGAAGCAGAGGUUUUGCUGGAUCCCAAUGCCCUGAGUGAAGAUGGCAGCGUCUCCCUCCGCACACUUUGUGUGAGCAAAGAUGCUAAGUUCAUGGCCUAUGGGCUCAGUUCCAGUGGCAGCGAUUGGGUCACCAUAAAUGUGAUGCAUGUUCAGAACAAGAAUGUUGAGCCUCAUACUUUAUCCUGGGUCAAGUUUUCCUCCAUUAGUUGGACGCAUGAUAGCAAAGGUUUCUUUUAUAGCCGCUUUCCGGCACCCAAGGAUGGAGAAUCAGUAGAUGCUGGGACUGAGACAAAUGUGAACCUUCAUCAUGAGCUCUAUUAUCAUUUUUUGGGUACAGAUCAAUCACAUGAUAUUUUAUGCUGGAGAGACCCUGACCACCCUAAAUAUUUAUUUGAAGCAAGAGUUACGGAUGACGGCAAGUAUGUUUAUCUCAAUAUUGAAGAAGGGUGUAGUCCAGUUAACAAACUCUACUACUUUGACCUGUCCAAACUUCCUAGCGGGUUGGAAGGUUUCCGGAAUGAAAGUUCCCUCCUUCCCUUUGUCAAGCUUAUUGAUACCUUUGAAGCAAGGUAUCAACCCAUAGCAAAUGAUGACACAGUGUUUACAUUUCUGACUAACAAAGAUGCUCCAAAAUAUAAACUAGUUCGAGUAGAUUUGAAAGAGCCAAAUGCUUGGACUGAUGUUAUCUCAGAGUCUGAGAAAGAUGUACUCAAAUCAGCAUGUGCAGUAAAUGGUAACCAACUCAUUGUGUGCUACUUGAGUGAUGUCAAAUGUGUUCUGCAAGUAAGAGACUUGGAAACGGGUUCCUUGCAGCAUCAAUUGCCAAUUGAUAUUGGCACAGUUAAUGAUAUUUCUGCUCGGCGUGAAGAUACUGUGGUUUUCAUUGGCUUUACAAGCUUUUUGACUCCUGGUAUCAUCUAUCAAUGCGACCUGGGAGCACAGAUUCCUGAUAUGAAGGUAUUUCGUGAGAUUGUUAUCCCUGGGUUUGACCGCUCUGAGUUUCAUGUCAAUCAGGUUUUUGUGCCUAGUAAAGAUGGUACCAAGAUCCCUAUGUUUAUUGUUGCCAGAAGGGGUAUUACUUUGGAUGGUUCACACCCUUGCUUGUUGUUUGGGUAUGGUGGUUUUGAUGUGAGUCUUACACCAUAUUUUAGUGCCAGUCGCAUUGUACUGGCAAGACAUUUAGGUGCAUUGUUCUGCAUAGCAAAUAUUCGUGGUGGUGGAGAAUACGGAGAGGAAUGGCACAAAGCAGGAUCCCUUGCAAAAAAGCAAAACUGCUUUGAUGACUUCAUAUCUGCAGCUGAAUACCUUGUAACUGCUGGUUAUACUCAACCCAGAAAGUUAUGCAUCGAAGGUGGAAGCAAUGGUGGACUUCUUGUUGGCGCUUGUAUAAACCAGAGACCUGAUCUUUUUGGUUGUGCACUGGCUCAUGUUGGUGUUAUGGACAUGCUACGGUUCCACAAAUUCACCAUAGGUCAUGCUUGGACCUCAGAUUUUGGGUGUUCAGAUAAUGAGGAAGAAUUUCAAUGGCUAAUCAAGUACUCACCUUUGCACAAUGUCCAUAGACCAUGGGAACAGCAUCCUGAUAAGUCAAUUCAGUACCCAGCAACUAUGUUGUUGACUGCUGAUCAUGAUGAUCGUGUUGUGCCAUUGCAUUCAUUGAAGCAUUUGGCGACCAUGCAAUACGUCCUGGUUACUAGCCUGGAUAAAAGUCCACAGACGAAUCCUAUAAUUGGUCGAAUUGAAUGCAAGGCUGGACAUGGAGCUGGUCUUCCAACUCAGAAAAUGAUUGAUGAAGCUGCUGACCGCUAUGGUUUUAUGGCUGAGAUGUUAGACGCCCAUUGGAUUGAUUAGAAGAGCCUAAUCAAACAAUUGGAGAAUGAAACACUUUUUUUCUCACAUUAAUUUUCUUAUUGUUGGGAAAUAAUCUGUUGGGGAAGAUGCUGCAACUCUUGGAUUGAUGAAGAUCUUGAUGACGGAAGCACUUAAAGAUUCAAAGCGUGCAUAAACGCUAACCUUUAGGUUCAAUUCGCCCCCACCAAUUAAUAUGUAUUGGAUGCAAAUGAGAAAACCGGCGAAUUCUCUUCAGGAUACUUUGAAUUCCUUGAUGUGGUUUGCACUAACACACGAAGCGUAUCUUUGAUAAUACUUUACAGAAUUAUGAUUCCCACACUUCACUCAUGCAUUAGUGAAGUGAAGGAUGAUUUAGAAUAAUAGAAAUGAGAGAGAAAUUGGUAAAGAAGAUGCCAAUUUCGCACAAGUAUUCUAUCUCAUUUUCCUUCCCCAAGUAUCUCUUUAUAUAGAGAUACUAACAUCCCUUGGUAAAGA